AUGCAAUUGGCACACCUUCUUGCGUUCGCCCUGUCGCUCGCGACGUCCGAGGCCGCCUACAAGGGCUUCAACUACGGUGCUGCCAAGGCUGAUGGCAGCGUCAAAUCUCAGUCCGAUUUCAGAUCGGAGUUCUCGACCGCUAAAAGCCUUGUCGGCACUUCGGGCUUCACCAGUGCUAGAUUGUACACCAUGAUCCAAGGUGGCACGACCAACUCCCCCAUUUCCGCCAUUCCCGCUGCCAUUGCUGAAAACACUUCCCUGUUGCUGGGUCUUUGGGCCUCGGGUGGUGGUAUGGACAACGAGUUGGCCGCCCUCAAGGCGGCCAUCUCCGAAUACGGCGACUCCUUCGCCAAAUUGGUCGUGGGUAUUUCCGUUGGGAGUGAGGAUCUCUACCGGGCCUCUUCGGAAGGGGAAAAAGUCGACGCCGGUGUUGGCGUUGGCCCCGAGGCCCUGGUCUCGUAUAUCAAGGAGGUCCGAUCGAUCAUCUCUGGCACCGCCCUGAGCAGCGUCCCCAUUGGCCAUGUCGACACCUGGACCGCUUGGACUAACGGCUCCAAUUCUGCCGUUAUCGACGCCGUCGACUGGCUGGGUUUUGACGGUUACCCUUACUACCAGAGCUCCAUGUCUAACUCCAUCUCGGACGCCAAGGCUCUCUUCGAUUCCUCUGUGGCUCAGACCAAGGCGGUCGCUAAGGGCAAGGAGGUUUGGAUCACCGAGACCGGAUGGCCCGUCAGCGGAAGCACCCAGAAUCUCGCCGUCGCUUCCCUCGCCAACGCGAAAACCUUCUGGGAUGAGGUUGGAUGCCCCUUGUUCGACGAGACCAACACCUGGUGGUACAUCCUCCAGGACGCCAGCUCCUCCACCACCCCAAACCCCAGCUUCGGUGUUGUGGGCAGCACUCUGAGCACCACCCCGUUGUUCAACUUGACUUGCUCUAACAGCACUCGCCCAUCCACUUCCGCUGCUAGCUCCACUAUUCUUUCUGGCUCUGCUGUUGCGUCUGGCUCUGCUGUUGCGUCUGGUUCUGCCAUCGCCGCUGCGAACCCUUCGUCUUCCGGAAUCGUCACCAGUGCUACUCCCUCUACCACACCCGGCUUCACAGUCGGCAAGGGAUUCCGUCCGUCCAACUCCUCCGCUGCUGCCCACUACUCCAGCGCGUCUUUCACCGGCUCGGCCUACCCUAAAUUCACCAAGACCGCCAGCGGUUCCUCUACUUCCACCAGCGCUGGUAGCUCAUCUGACUCUAAGUCGACGAACUCUGGUAGCUCAUCUGAUUCUCAGUCGACUAACUCUGGUAGCUCGUCUUCUGCCUCUACUUCCGUUCUUGCUACGGGUGGUGCCAGCUCUGUCUCGAGUUCCGUAUUCGGUGCUCUGGUUGCUGUCUUGGCAUUCGUGGCUACUUUGUAA